AUUUGAGACAAUCCCGGGCAGAGGGGUCCUGGGACCCAUGCGCGACCCAUACACGUCAAGUCGGUUCGUCAGAUUGCCGUGGUCAAUCAAUCAUAGUUCGUGCGACCUGCUAUGCGUCAUGAUUGGCUUUUGAACGUGGCGCAAGCAACCACACCCGAGUCUGCCGGAUUGUGUGAGUAACAACGACUGGGCACCAGGCACAGGUGCCAGGCGACGAGGCAGACCAAGCGGAGCAAGUCUUCUUCGUGAGGAGUUGUAGAAGUUGACUUCCUGUUUGUGCUUCAUCAUGUGAGUCUCUUACAUGCGAUGGACUGAUGAGCUGAAUUGCAGCAACGCCUGCUUCGUCAAUACCACCGUUGUCCUUCCAUCCGCGGCGCCAGCAACCUAACAAUGCCCUUCCUCUUCAACGGAGCACGAAAGUGCCAGAAGUAUGCCAAUACUACGACUGGUCCUGCUCCUGUCUAUGCUCCGAACCCUCCACCUCCCCCGUACGCAUUGAACACAUCCAAUACCCUCAACCAACAACCCCAAUGGGCUACGCAGCCUGGUCCUCAUGGCGGGCUGGGCUGUUACAUGGCUUCGACUGUCUCUUUAUCAGCCCAACAGGGCGCAACAGAAAAUCCAUACCGACCUUUACAACCGCAAUACACCUGGUCUCACCCCGAGCCUCCAUACAUAACUCCCUCGACAACUCCUGCAGGCGGCGACUUGCACAGAAAAAUCGAUGACAAACUGGGUGAUGUUAUAUCCCUGAUUGAUGAAGAAGCCUUUACCGGCUCUGCCCGAGAGCUAGCUAUAUCUAUACCUGACUCUCCUGCACCCGAGUACACCGAACCAUACUACUUUUCUGAACGAGAUGUCAGAAGUCAGGGAAACGGCCAUGCGCGCCCAAAGAAACAAAGCCAGUGCAAGCAGGUCAAUGUCUUCUCCAAGCUCGACCUAUACCUCAAUUCUCGACUACCAGCUUCCUUACCACCUCUCCGAGUAUACAUACCCACCUAUCCUCUUCUGUGUCUUGCAGCACAGUAUUCAGCCAGUGCAUACCAUUCACCCCAGUCCCCCUCUGAACGAAAGGAUUUUGUCUCCGCAGACAAUCGCGCCGGCACGAAGACCAUGGUAAUCAAAAGCAUUCCAUGCGACGACAAAAACACUGUUGUCUUCGCCAUCCGAGGGACAAGCAUGCUCAGCAUGCGCGACUGGGGCAUCAAUCUAAGCACCGAUCCGGUCUCGCCAGCAGGCUUUCUCGACGAUCAAGGCAAUCUAUGUCACUCGGGAUUCCUGAAAGUCGCAAAAGCCAUGGCUCGACCGAUCGCUACGAGACUGAGGCAACUACUGGAAGAAAAUCCUAAUCGAACAAGUUGCUCACUGCUCAUCACCGGACACAGCGCCGGCGGAGCCGUGGCGAGCCUGCUGUAUGCCCACAUGCUCGCGACAACAGUGCAAUCCGACCUGAACAUCCUGACAGGCUGCUUCAAGAGGGUGCACUGUAUCACGUUCGGUGCGCCGCCGAUCAGCCUCCUACCUCUGCAAAAGCCCGACACCGCUGAUGGCCGACUGAAGAAGUGUCUUUUUCAUUCAUUCAUCAACGAGGGCGACCCUGUCGCGCGGGCCGAGAGAACGUAUAUAAAGAGCCUAGUGGACCUCCUCUCACGGCCUGUACCACAACUGCAGCCGAGCAAGACCACGGCGUCACCACUGACCAUGUUGGGCGCAAGUAUGUCACGACUCGAUCUGUCGUUAAAUCCGAAGAAGAAUAAUCAGCCUGCGAGACCGAAAAAGCAGCUAGUGCCGACGAGAAAGAUGUGGUGGGAGGUCCCGCCUGCGACAUUCUCGAAUGCUGGGCGUCUGGUCGUGCUGAGAGUCCCGGACGGUGGGACAGAUGGUGAUGUCACGGCGUGUAUCGUCCGCGACGAGCAGCUACGGCAGGUCAUGUUUGGGGACCCGCUGAUGCAUGCGAUGGAUCUGUAUGCCAGGAGGAUCGAGACGCUGGCUGUAAGAGCAGUUACGGGCAAAACGGGCGUUUGCUGAGACCGCUCUGAAAAAGCACAUUGAUGACCAUUAUGAAAUCUUUGAUACCCUGAGUUUUGCGUUGGAGCACAAAUGGCUGCUUGGGACAGGCCGCUACUUCGGGCACGUGAUAGUGAUGGGCGAAAAUAUAACACGAAAGAGAGAAGGAAAAUGGGAAAGAGAUAUAAAUACCCUGAUAUCCGCUGUUGCUGGCUCAUGGAAAUGAAAGCGGUCAGCCUUUCGGACAACUAUCCUUGCCAAAAAAGGCAAUAUGACGGCAGUAAUCGUGUUGGCACAGUCAAAGUAGACGCGUUCAGAAACCCUUGUGGAGAGACUUCGGAGUCCUACCUAAGUGCAAGGUCUAGGAUCCCUCGUCUGGUCACAGUCCAACAGGAGGGACUUUGAUGCUAUGUUGAUGAGAAUAUUGAUGUCCUCAGGGAUGCGUGGAUCUAGAGAUCGUGAAAUCUGGUUCACACGAGCAAUGAAAAGUCUCCCGAAAGACUUGGACGGGGACGGUCUUCUGCAAGGAAUAUGGUAUGAGCGCGGAACAGAAGUGACAGUACGCACGCAGAGACCAAAUUGCUGCAAUGGUAAUGGAAGUGGCGCUUUGUUCUGGAUGGACGUUUCGAUUGAACAGAGCGCCGACAUCAUGCGGCAACAUAUCUGGG